CACCGCUUACUAGUCCACGCAGACCCGCCCGACUGGGACUGUUCCUGAGUCUCUAGAAUGGGGGCGAUGGCGCCGCGCACCCUCCUCCCGCUGCUCACCGCCGCCCUGGCCCUGACCCAGACCCGCGGGGGCUCGCACUCCAUGCGGUAUUUCCACACCGCCGUGUCCCGGCCCGGCCUCGGGGAGCCCCGGUUCAUCUCCGUCGGCUACGUGGACGACACGCAGUUCGUGCGCUUCGACAGCGACGCGGAGAAUCCGAGGAUGGAGCCGCGGGCGCCGUGGAUGGAGCAGGAGGGGCCGGAGUACUGGGAGCGGCAGACGCGGAUCGCCAAGGGAAGUGCAGAGACUUAUAGUGCGAGCCUGAGGAACCUGCGCGGUUACUACAACCAGAGCGAGGACGGUUCUCACACCUUCCAGAGGAUGUCUGGCUGUGAUGUGAAUUCCCACGGACGCUUCCUCCGCGGGUACAUUCAGUUCGCCUACGACGGCAAAGAUUACAUCACUCUGAACUACGACCUGCGCUCCUGGAUUGCGGCGGACAUGGCGGCUCAGAUCACCAGGAGGAAGUGGGAGCAGGCUGAUGUGGCAGGGCAAUACAGGGCCUACCUGGACGGGACUUGCGUGCAGUGGCUCCUCAAAUACCUGGAGGACAGGAAGGAGACUCUGCAGCGCGCACAUCACCCAAGGACACAUGUGACCCAUCACCCCAGACAUGAAGGGGACAUCACCCUGAGGUGCUGGGCCCUGGGCUUCUACCCUGCUGACAUCACCCUGACCUGGCAGAAGGAUGGGGAGGACCUGACCCAGGACAUGGAGCUUGUGGAGACCAGGCCUGCAGGGGAUGGAACCUUCCAGAAGUGGGCAGCUGUGGUGGUGCCUUCUGGAGAGGAGCAGAGAUACACAUGCCAUGUGCAGCAUGAGGGGCUGCCUGAGCCCCUCACCCUGAGAUGGGAGCCUCCUCAGCCCACCAUCCCCAUCUUGGCAAUCGUGGUUGGCCUGGUUCUCCUUGGAGCUGUGGUCAUAGGAGCUGUGGUGGCUGUUGUGAGGAGGAAGAGGAGGAACACAGGUGGAGAAGGAGGGAGCUAUGCUCAGGCUCCAGGAAGUGACACUUCCCAGAGCUCUGACCUCUCUCCUGAGGCUUGUGAAGCUUGAGACAGCUGCCCUGUGGGACUGAGGGACAGGAGAUGUGUUCAAGUCUCUUCUCUGACUUCAAGAACCACUGGAUUGUCUUUGGUGGCAGUGUCUGAAGAUGUCUGCUUUCUCCUGUGUGCAGUGUGAAGACCUGGGGAGAUCAGCCCAGCCCUGUCCCUGCUCUGUCCUGUGUUCCCUUCCACAGCCAGACUUCCUGUUCCAGCACAGGGGGGCGGGGACGUCUCCAUCCUGUCAGCUCCAUGCUGCACUGAGCUGCAGCUUCUUACUUCCCACUGAAAGUAAGAAUCUGAACAUGAAGUUGAUAUUCAAAUCCUUGACUAAGAGGUCUGUGAUUUAAUUAACUGAGAAAAAUUGCUGAAGUUUGGUGGAGAAAAUAAAUGACAGCCUUGAGAAUC